AAAUAUUGCAAACAAAAGGCCCAUAUCAUUCUUAGUUACGCUCUCUUUCUCUUCCACGAUCGGCGGAAGGCUGCUCUGGUAAAAAAACUAUUCUCUAUUCCGCCUCAACCCGAAACAGCCUUCUCAAUCAACGACCAUCUGCGAGUAAUGGAUAACAUAGUAGAUUCCUUAAACAAAGCCUACCAAGAAUUCGUUGCAGCAGCAGCUAAUGUCCUCGAAACUAAGGGAUCUUCGGCUGCCCAAAAGACGGAAUCCACCGAUACGGCAUUGGAAAGCUUUAAACAAAAAUGGGAAACAUUCGGACUGGCUUGCGAUCAAGCUGAGGAGUUUGUUGAGUCAAUCAAACAAAGGAUAGGAUCCGAGUGCUUGGUCGAUGAAGCCACCGGGAAUUCGUCGGAGCGGUCGACUGGCCUGCCCCCCAUCAGUGCCGUCCGUUUGGAGCAGAUGAGUAAAGCUGUUAGAUGGCUUGUGAUUGAGUUGCAGAACGGUUCGGGAACUGCCGCCGCCCACCCAUCGACACCUUUCGAUGGUAGGUUCUCGGAGGAUGGUGGUCAGUAGGUAGGGUGUUUGUCUUUUUGGAUUCAAUGUGCAUUUAGAUUGCCAAAUGAUGAAAAAUCCAUAGCUUUAUAUGCGUUAAAUUAAUGAACUCGUUGCUUUAAGUUUGUUGUUGUAGAAUUUCAGAGGGAUGGCAUCUUCUAUAUUGAUUAUGUAAAUUAUAGUGCAAAGCCAUUGUUUAUGGGAAGCAUCCCAUCUCCAAGCUAUGUAAUUUUUAUGAUCACAGGUUGAAUAGUAGCUUGUCUUUUGUCUUUGUUUA